AUGAAUUUCCAGAACUCUUUUCAAGCUUUUGUUAAUGAAGAUGAAGGAAGUGAUGUACAUAAUGAAGGUUAUGAAGAUACAGGAAAUGAUAGAGGCGAUACGGGUCAUCGAGAUAGAGAACAUAAUAGAGAUGCGGAUAGUAGACGAUUUAUAAAAGAUAAAACAAAUAUAGCGGGUACUCAAGAUUCUGGAUAUAUAUGA